GAGAGAGAGAGAGAGUGUGUGAGUGAAAGAGGCGGUGGAGGKGGGUUGUGGGGGAGUGAGAGUGAGAUAGAGUGAGAGAGAAGUGGAAGGUAGUAGUAUACAGAGAGAGAGAGAGUGAGAGAGGGGGAGAGAGUGGAAUAUAGUUGGUAGGAGGUGUGCGCGGGGUGGUGGUGGAGCAACGAACCCUCUCGCCGUGGCUCGAAUGUACGGAGCGCCGGAGUUGUGUUCGAAUCAUGGCGACACCCGACCCCGUAGAUCCAGCCACCCUAGAGAUUAAGACCCGUAGCAUAGAACAGACACUACUCCCACUAGUGAAGCAGAUUUCUACGUUAGUGUCGCACAGAGAACGGCCGCUAUGUUCGGACCGGAGUCUUCGUGCCGUUGCAAGGGUAGGACAGGCGGUAAAUUUGGCGGUCGAAAGGUUCGUCACCGUUGGCGAAACCAUAGCCGACGACAAUCCCGAGAUCAAACAAGACAUGUACGAGGCAUGCAAAGAGGCCAGAGUCGCUGGAUCGGCGAUAGAAAAAUUAUGCGAAUGUGCUAUGGAAGACAGUUUAGCCGACCGUGGCUCAGUUGUCAGAGCAGCAAGAUGUCUUUUGGGUUCGGUUACGAGAGUCCUUUUAUUAGCGGACAUAGUCGUGGUGAAACAAUUGCUUUUAGCGAAGGACAAGGUUGCCCGUAGCCUUGGACGUCUAGAAAGUGUCUCGAAUUUCACGGAAUUCGUUAAAGCGUUCAGCCAAUUUGGUGCGGAAAUGGUGGAAUUGGCUCACCUUACUGGUGAUCGUCAGAAUGACCUGAAAGACGAGAGACGAAGGGCUCAAAUGGCCGCUGCCCGACAAGUUUUAGAAAGAAGCACGAUGAUGCUACUCACAUCCAGCAAAACGUGCCUGAGACAUCCUGAAUGUCCUUCGGCGAGGGAGAAUAGGGACACAGUUUUCUGUCAAAUGCGAAGAGCGAUGGAUCUAAUACAUUACGUGGUCAAGGAUGGUGUCCUCGAUUGCAGUGAAUCUCAAUCUUAUCCCAAUUCUCAAAAUCCACAGCAAGAAGAUUGGGACAGUAGUACGGUGUGUUCUGCAUUGAAAUAUUUUGAGAGGCUCGUUGAAACCACAAGGAUGACCCUAUUGGGACAAGGUUGUCGUGAAACACUGACAUCAGCCCUCGACACAGUAGUGGAAAGGACCCAGGAUUUCACUGACAGUGCUUACACGAGUCACGAACACCGUGAAAAUAUCCUUCUUCUAUGCGAUAGAGCGAAACUUGAGUUGAACACUCUUUUGCGGAUCGGUAACAGUAUGAACUUCGAAGGAGGUGGAUGUUCACCAAGCUCAGAGAUGGAACAAGCAGUAUUGGGUGUUCUUCGAGCUACUCGUGACCUUCGUCAACAGCUUACUACCACGACGAUGGAACAAGCUGGUGACCUUGGACAGGUGACCAAAGCCGGUCAGGAAUUAGUCUCGACAAUUAGGAACCUUGCUUUGGCUAAUGAAAUCGACCGACUUCAAGAGAGCAGCGAUAGGUUUCACGAGUACAUCGAACAUAUUCUCGAAGUAUGCAAACUCUUGAGACACGUCGCACUCUCGGAAUCCUUACAAGUUUCGGCUAAGUUUACCGAAAUCAACCUGAGAAUUUACGGGCCUCAAGUGGUGACAGCUGCGCACACGUUAGCUAGGCAUCCUACUAGUAAAAUUGCUAAAGAAAAUUUAGAAGUUUUUGCUGAUAUGUGGCAAUGGUUGAUGACCGACGUGACAACAGUUGCUAAAGACGUUUUGGAAUUGAGUCAAAAUCGACCGGAAAAACAGGUCUACAUGUCAUUGCCAAGACCAGGUAAACACGGUACAACGAGUAAACCAUUGAAACCAGUUAGACUGGACAGCGAGGAACAAGCAAAGAUAGCGAAGGCUGGCCUUGAGAUGAAGCUGAUUACAUCGGAGAUGGAUGCUGAGACGGAGAAAUGGCAAGAGAGUGGUAGUGCACUAGAGGAGAACAACGACAUCGUUAAACGUGCUAAGAAUAUGUCGUCCAUGGCUUUCUCGAUGUAUCAAUUUACAAGAGGGGAAGGUGCCCUUAAAACAACUCAGGAUCUUUUCACUCAAGCUGAGUAUUUUGCGGAGGAGGCGAAUAGAUUGUACAAGGUUGUGAGACAAUUCAGUUAUCAGGUACCGGGUGGACCGCACAAGAAAGAACUCUUAGAAAAUCUGGAUCGAGUGCCAACAUACGUGCAGCAGUUGCAAUUCACCGUGAAGAACCCAACCGUCGGUAAAGCGGCGACUUUUACCAAAGUCGACAACGUUAUACAAGAGACAAAGAAUUUGAUGAACGUGAUAUCGAAGGUGGUCACUACGUGCUUCGUCUGCGCCACAAAGUACAACCUGGAUUUCCGAGGUCUGUCGGCGCGUGGGGCUGGCGGCUCGCCGUACAGGGGCGGAGAGGGUGGAAGCGGUGAUGGGGAAGGUGGAGGUGUUGGUGCCGACGGCAGCAAGGCGGGCUCCGCCCCCGGCAGCGAUCCGUCUGUCUGACAGUUUGGGAUGGCCCGACGGGCCAAGGGGGACGCUCGCCGCACCCGGGUCUCCUUUCUGCUUUUUUAGGAAGAGCCUCGCCUGCCCCACAGUGGAACGUACACGUCGAUGAUGACUACUACUACUACUACUACUACUACUACUACUACAACAUCAUCAUCAUCAACAAGAACAAGAACAAGAACAACUACUACAACAACUACUACAACUACAACUACAACAAUCAAUAUAUCACAUUACUAUAUCGAUCUCAUUAGGAUCAUUAUUGUCAACGUCAUUAGUAUUACCAUUGUCAUCAUCAUCAUCAUCAUUAUUAUUAUCAUCAUCGAUCGUGUACGUACACAAAUCUUCUUCUAUCAUCACGAGCUUGCCUCUCUCGGUCCGAUUCCAAUCGCACCACCCACUCACCCUCCAUCUUACAAAAUAUUCCAUCGUUAUAUUUCUUUUAUUUAUUAUUAUCUCUUUGAAUACUAUUAACUCUAUUAAACACUAUUAACUAAAUAUAUUCAUAAUAUUUAUUCUCACAUAUCUCUCAAUAUCCCCAUCUCCUCGUUAAAUCCAAAUAUCUAUCUAUCUAUCGUGUUUAAUCGUUUAAACAACCUCUAACACCCAUAAUUAACAUCAACGUCAUCGUCAUUCUCACUUCUUGUCGAUCGAUAUUCAAUCGAACCAUAUUUAUAUCUUAUUCUAAUCCACACGUAUUAUCCCAUAACUAUUCCCCUUGACACAUCUUAUAUAGAUUUUUGAAAAUCAUAUCAUGCAUUAUCAACAACACACACACACACCUACAUACACAUACACGUACACGCACACACACAUAAAACUCGUUUGAAUUUUAUUAUUAAUACUAAUAAAUUAAUUCGAAUUUCUCUCGAGUAAUACAAAUGAUGGGAUGAUGGAUGGUUCAUAUCGAUCAUACUGAAUUCAUUCGCGUUUUCGCACGAUUUACACAUACUCGAGGCAUACUCGUGAUAUUUUUCAUCUAACCAAAUCGAAAAAUGAUUUGUCAAUAUUUGUUAAUAUCACGUAUGAAUUAUCUCUCGAGAAUUAUAAUAUAUUUCUAUAUAAUAUAAAUAAAAAAAAACACGACGUGUACGUUCCAUUCAUCACUCGCGAAUGCUUUUACGAACAUCGAAAGAACAACAACAACAACAACAACAACAAAAGCAAAAAAAAGCAUAAUAUUCGAUCACGAAUCACGUCAAUGCGUAAAAUGAUUAAUCAAGGCUAGGAAAAGGGAAAGAAAGAAAGAAAGAGAGAGAGCAAAAAAAAAGAAAGAAAGAAAGAGAAAGAAAAAGA